AUGGACGACUUCGUGACGUUUGGGAAGGACGACGACGAUGAUGGACAGCCAGAUUAUGGAAAGCUGGUGGGCUCGUCCGAUCCGCGCGACACGACUAUCCAGAUUGCAAUAUCAGUAACGCUCGGAGUCACUGCAUUUCUAGCUUUUUGCGUACUGCGACCGAGAUGGGCGGGAUUGUAUGCUGCGAGGAAAAGACAAAAAGGCGAAGCGACAGCACUCCCUGAGCUGCCGAGCACUUUGUUCGGAUGGAUCUUACCACUAUGGAGGAUCACAGACCAGCAGGUUCUUGCGAGUGCUGGUUUGGAUGCGUAUGUCUUCCUGGCAUUCUUCAAGAUGGCAAUGAAGUUCCUCUUGACGACACUCCUGUUCUCGCUAGUUGUGAUCAAACCAGUCCAUGAUGCAUAUCCAGACGACGACGAUGACGAUGACGACGAUGAUGAUAAGCACCACAAGAAAAAUGGUACAGAUACAGAUAUGGCUGGGAAGAUUAACCUGGAAACAGACUACCUCUGGAUGUACGUCGUGUUCGCGUAUCUGUUCUCAGCGAUCUUGAUAUACCUCAUGAUUUCCGAGACAAGGCGAAUCAUCGAGGUACGGCAGGAGUUUCUGGGUACACAGACAACGGUAACGGAUCGGACGAUACGCCUUUCCGGAAUCCCGAAAGAUCUGCAAGAUGAAGACAAGAUCAAGGAGUUCAUCGAGAGCCUGGAUAUUGGCAAAGUCGAACGGGUGGUGCUUUGUCGAAACUGGAAAGAGUUGGACAAGGCGACAAAUCGCAGAAUGGACAUUUUGCGGAGGUUGGAAGAGGCGUAUACCGUUCACAUGGGACACCGGCGGAUCGAGAGGAAUAGAGAGACUUUGCCAAUUGCUCAGCCUUCGCCCCCCGAGCCGAAUGGAGUGGCCAGCAGUGAAGAGGCGUCGCAGGCUGAUAACUUGCUUGGAGGUGACGGCGAUCUCAUUCGUCCGUAUGCCAAGGCAAGACCCAUGGCUACAAUCAGGUAUGGAUGGUUGAAGCUGAAGAGUAAAAAAGUGGAUGCGAUUGACUAUUACGAGGAGCUGCUACGACAAGCGAAUGAGCAAAUACGAGAGCUGCGUGCGAAAGAAUUCCAGCCGACCCCGCUGGCCUUCGUCACCAUGGACUCGGUCGCAGCUUGUCAAAUGGCGAUCCAAGCAGUCCUGGAUCCCUCGCCACUACAGCUGAUUGCCAACCAGAGCCCUGAACCUGCAGAUGUGAUAUGGGAGAACACUUACCUGUCGAGGAGAAAUCGAGUGAUCCGCAAUUGGACGAUAACCACGAUCAUUGUGUUUCUCACGGUCUUCUGGUCUGCGAUACUAGUUCCAGUCGCCGCAGUACUGAACGUGGAAACGAUUGGCAAAGUCUUUCCUGGUCUUGCGGAUGUGCUGGAGGAUCAUAAGAAUAUCCGCUCCUUGAUCAGCACACAAUUGCCGACCCUGAUCUCUUCAUUGCUGAUCGUCCUCGUGCCCUACCUGUACUACUGGCUUUCAUGGUACCAAGGCCAGAUCUCGCGUGGUGAUAUCGAACUGUCGGCGAUUUCGAAAAAUUUCUUCUUCGCCUUCUUCAACUUCUUCGUUGUGCUUACAAUCCUCGGCACAGCAUCCAAGUUCUACGCCAUCUUCACCAAGUUUGGUGAUGCCAUUCGCGAUAUCCAGAAAGUUGCUUGGACUUUGGCUCUAUCUCUCAGCAAGCUCCUCGGAUUCUACGUCAACUUCAUCAUCCUCCAAGGAGUCGGCUUGUUUCCAUUCCGUCUUCUCGAAGUUGGCUCGGUUUCACUCUAUCCAAUCAUGCUGCUUGGUGCCAAAACGCCUCGCGAUUAUGCGGAACUUGUUCAGCCUCCGGUAUUCUCGUAUGGCUUCUACCUCCCGAAUGCUCUUCUGAUCUUCAUCAUUUGCCUGGUCUACUCUGUUCUCCGAAACAGCUGGCAGGUUCUCCUUGCGGGCUUAUUAUACUUCAGCCUUGGGCAUUUUUGCUACAAAUACCAGCUGCUUUACGCAAUGGAUCACCGUCAGCAGACAUCUGGCAGAAGCUGGGGCAUGAUCUGCGACCGCAUCUUCAUCGGCAUGAUCUUCUUCCAGAUCACGACUGCGGGUCAGCUCAUUCUAAAGCAGGCGUUUGCCCGGUCAGUGAUGAUGGUUCCACUCACAGUCGCGACCAUUUGGACAAUGAUUGUCUACGGCAAGACUUACAAGCCGCUAAUGAAGUUCAUCGCGCUUUCUGCUGUCAAGCGCGGCGAGACCACGAAUCUAGCCCCAGAGACGAGCAUCUGGGCAGGAACACGAGCAGGUGUUACUGCCGACGGCCUGAUAGGAGACGAGCUCGCGAGAGCUACAGGCAGCCACAAUGAACAAGGCACAGCGAGGGAGAGAAACCUACCGUUCAUCAAUCCCAGUCUGGUAGCUCCACUUCACGGUGUUUGGAUAGCUGGACUCAAGCCAGACCAUACUCCAGUUGGUUCUGGCAAUGCGACUGGCCGACUGAUCGAUACUGAUGAGGAGGAAGGCGAACAGAAUGUGUAA